CGGGCUCACGGCGGCGGCGGCGGCGAAAGAGUUCGACGGAAAUUAUUCCGUCAAGAUCGCAAUCGCGCGUGCCCGCGCGACCGCGCGAGCAGCUCGCCCAGGCGAUCAGGUUUCGCUCCGGGAAGAAAACUCGCUCCUCGAGCGCGUUCUCCGUCGCGUCGCGUCGCGCCGCGCCGUGCCGGGGAAGGAUUGUCGGAGUGCAGUAUACACGAUACUACGGUCCGAGAUCUUCUCCGCGCAAUCCGAGAGAACCGGGCCGAACCAAUUAUGCGAGCGAGGUGGGUGUUAUGGGCCGCAAAAUGAGACGUGAAACGGCGCGGAGUCGUGUCGCGCGAGGAAGGAGAGGAACGUUUCCGUCCGGAGGACUGUUUACGAUUCAACAAGGGACGAGGGCCUGUCGCGGCGAUUCCCGAUAAGGGAGGACAGCAAGAUCGAUUCGCGUCGUGAUCGCGGUAUUAUCGCGGAAGGACCAGCGAGCGAUACGGGAUUAUCUCGGCGAGUCGAGCCGGGGCGCAAUUAUCUCUGAUACUUAACGACUGCGGCCUGCUCCGUACCGGGGUGAAGGAGAAGGAUGACGAUGCGCGGCAAUGGUCCACUCGUGAUCCUGCGAUCGCUGAUGGUCGCCGCCGCCGCCGCCACGACGGUACCGGGGACCUGGAUAAACCUGGGUUUGCGACACUUGCCGCAACUGGAAUCGACGCAGUCACUGGAGUCGUUCGACGCGAGUGCCUCCACGAUCUGCGUCGGUCUGAAGGGCCUGUCCCCGGGCCAGGGGAAGCUUUGCCAGCUAUCAGUGGACCACAUGUACAGCGUGGCGAAGGGCGCGAAGCACGGCGUCAUGGAGUGCCAGCAUCAGUUCAAGGACAGAAGAUGGAACUGCUCCACCGUCCACGAUGAGACCGUGUUCGGUCCGAUACUCAGAAUAGCGAGCAGGGAAACCGCGUUCGUUCACGCGAUCGCCGCCGCCGGAGUGGUCUACUCCAUCAGCCGUUCCUGCCGGGACGGCCAGCUGUCGUCGUGCGGCUGUUCCAGGAGUAACAGGCCCAAGGAUCUGAAGCGCGAUUGGAUCUGGGGCGGAUGCGGGGAUAAUCUCGAGUACGGCUACAAAUUCACGCAGGCAUUCGUCGACGUGCGGGAACGGGAGCGCAGCUUCAAGAGAGGCAGCCGGGAGCAGGGCAGGAGCCUGAUGAAUCUGCACAACAACGAGGCCGGUCGUCGGGCCGUCAUCAAAAGGUCCAAGGUGACGUGCAAAUGUCACGGCGUUUCCGGAAGCUGCAGCCUGAUCACCUGCUGGCAGCAGCUCGCAUCGUUUCGCGAGAUCGGCGAUUUUCUGUUGGACAAGUACGACGGUGCGACCGAGGUCAAAGUCAAUCGGCGCGGUCGCUUGUCGAUGCGCGAUCCUAGAUUCUCCGUGCCCACCGCGAACGACCUGGUCUACCUGGACGACUCGCCGAACUACUGCCUCCCGAACGACACCCUGGGAUCGCUAGGCACGCAGGGCAGAUUAUGCAAUAGGACCUCGUCCGGCAUGGACGGCUGCAAUCUCCUUUGCUGCGGUAGGGGAUACAAUACGCAGAAGUCGACUAUCAGGGAGAGAUGCGAGUGCAAGUUUCACUGGUGUUGCUUCGUCGAGUGUAAGACCUGCGUGAAGAAUAUCGAUGUACACACUUGCAAAUAGCGCACUACUAUUUAUUUCUUUCUGUUCCAUAAUCUCUUCUCGGACAUGUUCUCGCAUUGUCGAGGGUAUUAUUAUAUAUACGUACAGUUGACAGUUGUGUUUUGGUAACAGCGGCAUUAUUGUGUUUCACAGACGAAUUUUAAAUGAUAAUUUUUUUCUAACUUAAAAUCUACUCGUUAAAUUUUUAUUACAGCCUCUUCUUUCCGCGAGUGUGCGUGUAUGUGUGUACGUAUGUGCAUGGAUGUUUUUAUGCAAUAUUAUUACUGCAAUAAGUUAUCAGCGUUAAAAGUUACGAUUUAUCAAAAUAUUAAGUAAUCUAUAUUUUAUCGAAAAAAAAAUUAUAGUUUGUCUUGUCGUAAAUUAUUUGUGGCCUACAAAAAAAACUUAAGCAAAUCGAGAAAUUUUUAAUUGUAUGUUCGUAGGAAUUAAGUGCUUCGCAAACGAUUGUUAAAUUAAUUUUUUUUUUUUUUAACGGAGACAAGUGGAAUAUAAACUUAAAUCGGAAUUAGUCUUUUGUGUUAAAUCGUAUUAAAUUAAUAACUGCAUAUAGCUAAUUAAACAAUUUUUUAUAAACAUUUUGAUGACGCAUCGAGACGUCUCGUGUUGCUUUAUCCUACAUCUUUUUGAAAAGGAUUUAUCAAUCAUCAAAUUAUUCUGUGUGAUACGCACACAGAUAAGUUAUUAUGAUUCUAUAAUUAUACCGCUCUUUACAUAACUACAAUAGAUAUACUUAAUAUAUAAAAAAAUAGUUGUAACGUAAAUUAUUUAAAGUGUUCAUUGUGUAUUUUUAUUUAUUUGCUCAGUGCAAGCGAUUUAAUUUUAGCAAUCCGCAAAAUAGCGCGCAUAAAAGACAACAUUGCGGAUUACCUAGGAAUUAAAAACUUAAGAGGGAUACUUAAGAAUAUUGCGAGUAUAUUUAUAUAUAUAUA